GAUCCAAUCAUCCAAAUGAUCCUCAGCCCACUGGGCCAACUCGGAUCAGUUCAACGAGCUCAGAGCUCCAGCCCAACACAAGCACAAUCUCCACUCUCCACUCUCCACUCUCCGGAACGAUUUACAUUUGUGAGUUGCGACUUGAGAGAUUCACAGAAACAGAACGAGGGAUCAAAGAUGGGCAGCCGUCUGGGAAGAAGAGUGAUCAAUUUCACGAAUCUCCCCAUCAAGCUUCUCAUGCCCUCUUCCUUCACCAACAUCAAAGAAAUUGCCCUCAAAACCGUUCCUUCAGCCUCCAAGAUCGAAAUCAAGAGGGUUUUGGAAUCACUCUACGGCUUCGAAGUCGAGAAAGUUCGGACCCUAAACAUGGAAGGCAAGAAGAAGAAGAGGGGAGGCCUAUUAAUAGCAAAACCCGAUUACAAGAAAGCCUACAUAACUCUCAAGAAUCCCUUAUCGAUUUCGCCUGACCUUUACCCAAUUCGCUUAAUCGAAGAGGAGAAGAAGAAUACGAAUAAGCAGUCGAAGUCCAGCAUUGUCGAAGAAGGGGAGGCGAAGUCGCAUUGGCUUGAUGGAAAAGAUGGUGACAGGUUUAGGCCCGAGAAAAGCUCCGCCGAGAGGGGCCGCGGUGGUCGUGGCGGUGCGGCGGCGGCGGCGGCUAAGUUUCCCUGGAGUGGCAUGAGGGCUUCUAGAUGACCUAUGUUACAUGGAUGCCUCAAAGUUAGUAAAAUACCUAUGUGGGAUAUGAUGUGACAAUAGUUAGGGUGUGGGGUAUGUGGCCCGUGUGCCCACUUCUAAAAGAUCUAUCUAAAAGGUAUGUCCAAUAAAGAAAAAGAAGAACACUUCCUAUUUCAGUGUUAGCAACUUAUGUUAAAGAAGAACACUUCUUAUUUCAAACGCCAUCCUAGGUGUUAUCUAAGUUUAUUCUUUGUCCAUUUGGACUCUCAUCAUUGGGACGCCUUUCUAGAUUCUAUAUAAUUUCAUUCUUUGUUUCCAUUAGACUCUCAUCAUUUGGACGUCAUCCUAGGUUCUUUAAUAAUUGCACUCACUAAGAUUUGGGAAUAAACUAAUAUGACACUUAGACAUACACUAAUGCCUAACAACUAUACCAAAGUCCAUGUAACUUAGCACAUAUUACACCUAUCCAAGCUUUUGUAAGGCCUUAUUCCUCCUAACCUAAAGCACAUCAUUUGUAUUAGUCUUCUUAUUAGCUAUAGGCCAUGCAAAGGCCUUCAUUAAAUUUUAAGACAGAAAGGAAAACAAGGGAAUUAAAACAAUAAAAAUGGGUGAGACUCGCCUUUGCCAUUGUAAAGAGAUUUUUGGUAGUUUACAUGUAAAAGUUGAUCAACCACCAAGUAUUUUCCUUAAAAUGAUUUUUUGUACCAUCAUCCACUAAGCAAUUAAGAUGACAAAAAUUAAAGAAAAUUUGUACAAUACCUUACGAGGACAAUGGUGCAAACACAUUGUUAUCAUGAGAAGGUUUUAGUUUUGAUGUUGACAUGUGUUAGCCUCAGUAUUACAUAUGACCAUGACAACAUCAAACUUGGCCAACUUGUUCCUACUCAAGCAAUAAGUUUCUUUCUUCUUUAGGGUGAUAAACUAUUCAAGUAGUUGUCUAGUUGGUUGAUGAACUAGUAUAAUAUGUUGAUGCCUUCAAAUUUGUUUUAACUCUUGAUGAAUGCUUCUAUGUUUAGUGCAAUGUGAAAAGUUUUAUAUACUUAAUUGCACAUUAGGAAAUUAUGGGACAUGCUACACCCUAAGAUUUUGACUAUAUGUUUUUAGUAAAAAAGAAAAAAACAUGUGCAAAAAUUAUAGUGCGCCAUUGUCCACUUGUUUGCCCCACUUUCCUAUUAUCUUUAUACUUUCUUCAUGAGUAAGAUGUUCAACCUCUAUUGAUUGCAAUGUCUGCUAAGAGAGGAGGCAGAUGUUGGUUUGCUGUAGAAUCAAAGUCUUAUGAAAUCACGGCGGAGGUGGCUGGGGAGAGAAUUAAGGGUGUUAUUGUGGAAAGAAGCAGAGGUUUUACCUCAUGGAUUAGAUUUGGAAGCCUCAGCUUGUGUUGCUUAUUGGAAGGAGUGGAGGCUUGUUGCAGGGGUGUGUUUAUGCAAGGUCAUGUUAAAAGUUGGGAAGAUGGAGGAAGAAGGUAUAAGUUGGAGAUCCGUGCAAACGAGGCUGGUAGGUAUAUUUUAUGCUCUGUGGUUGACUCGGAGUUAAAGAGAUUUUGUUUAGUGUUUCCAGAAGGAAAAGGUGUAUUGGGAGGGUGGGUCUUGUUGGCCGAAAAACUUCGCUUUCUUGGAGUUGCGUCUUGGGAGAAGUCCAAAGGAACUGCUGCAUUUUAUGGGAAAGGGUGUACAAAUGGGGAAUCUGUGAGGAAAGACAAAAAAUCCUAUGCUGAAGCGGUGAAUGCAAGAAGGAAAAAGCUAGGAGAGGCAGUGUGGCUUCAACUAGGGGAGGACGAAGUGUCAAAUGAAAGGAAAUUUCUGGGACGGUGUCUGGUGGGAAGAUGGGGAUAACCCUCAAUGUUGGAACCAGAUGUGCAAGCUUUCGAAAGCUGGGGGAGAUCGGUGUGGAAUACUAAAGGAGUGGUGAAGUUUUCGAGGUUGGGAGGCUCUCUGUUGUUAAUAGAAUUUGAGACUAAAGAAGAGGCAGAAAUGGUGUUGUUAAGAGGACACCGGUGGUUUAAGGAAUCAUUAUUGAACUUGGAAAGGUGGGACCCAAAGGUGGGGUGUUCUCAUAAUGGCGAGAGGGAUAAGAGUAUUUGGGUAAGAGUUGUGGGAAUGCCAUUGCAUUUUUGGAAUCAGGAGAUUCUCAGAAAAAUCGGCGAUGCUUGUGGUUCAUCGCAGUGGACGAAGACACUGCAAAAUUUAAGGAAUUGAAAUGGGCCAGACUACUAGUGAGAUCGGAAGGCUUAGAGUGGCCGAGUUCACUGCAAGUGGCUGUCGGGUCCAUCUGUUAUUCAAUACAGCUAUGGUGGGAGGCGAAACCAGGGUUGACGGCAGUGAUUCCGGCGACCAAAAACGAGAAGGGCAACGAGCGAGAGGUUAGGGAUGAAGGAGAAGGAGACUCACGCGCUGGUUUCAAAAUGAUGAAGGUAUGGCCCACAAGAGUUAUGGAGGGUGAUGGAGCUCCGAAGGGGGGAAAGAGCUGGUUUGCUGUGGAAUCAAAGACAUUUGAGAUCUCCAUUGAAGAGACUCGAGACAAACUGAGGGGGGUUAUUAUGGAAAGAAGCAAAGGCUUCUCUUCUUGGAUAAAAUUUGGAGAAAAGAGCCUCAGUUCUCUGUUGGAAGGAGUGGAAGAUUGGUGCAGAGAAGAAUCAAGCUCGAGGCGCCUUAGAGUUUGGGAAAAAGGAGGUAGGAAAUAUAGGCUGGAAUGUCAUUCAAAUGGUGCAGGUAGGUAUCUGCUAUGUUCGGUGAGGGACUUGGAGGCGAAGAGGUUUUGUCUAGUUUUCCCAGAAGGGAAGGGCUUAGUUGGUGGUUGGUUCUUGCUGGCUCAGAAGCUAAGAGCCCUUGGAAUUGCUAAUCAAUCCAUGAGGAAUGUUGAACGGGGCAAUUCCACCUCUGCAAAGGAGGAUUAUAGAGGUAAA